AUGGAGUACGGUCGACUUGUGGUGCUCGGUUAUAGCAGCUACCGCGUCGACAUGGUCCAGCGUCGUCGCAGUGGUAGUUUAGAGCUAUCAUCACCGUCAUUUGGACUCGCAGACGCUGCUCCAUUGGACACUACAGCGCUCUCCACUUCCGCUUCAGCGUCUUCGAUUAGUCACAAACGGUCACACUGGAAGCCGUUGGGCGAUCAAAAUGCGCACUUUGUGCUUGAAAAACGCACACGGGCCAAUGGUGUUCGUCUGCAUCGUUUUCAUCAUGUUGUCCCGGUCAUUGAGCUUCAGAAAAUGCGGAAAGGGGUUUGUAGAGACGUCAAGAGCACGACAUCACGUAUUAUGCAACGGAUUGAGACGUUAAAAAGUCGUGAAAUUGACGAGAAACACCUGGAAAAAGACGGAAAGUCGUCUUUUGUGCCAUACCAAAUGUGCAUCCCAAUGAACGACAAGGAACCAUUUGCUAGUGUCACGGAAUUUCAUGAAGAUUCGAGUGUCGAUAUGUUCCAGAUCGGUCGUAUGCCUUGUCGCCAGAAUGAUUUUGUGAUUCCAGGACCAAGAGUGGGAGCUUCUGGGACUAUUUCGAGAUAUGCAGCAAGGAUUGUGUGCUCACGUGAACCGCCAUUCGAGUGUCGUCUUUUUGCUGGAGGGUUUGAUGCUGCUCGACGUAUGAGCACGGCAGGACAUGCACUGAAAUACUGUACACGGUGUGGGAUGUGGUCGAAAUGUAUAGGGACCGAUCAUACGUGUGUGAUGCAGACGGUGAUGGAAAAGAUGAGUGAAGCUACGAGUGACCGAGACUUGUUAAGCUGCAAGAAGAAUAGUGAUAACCGAAUAAAGGAUGGUCAUGUGAUGCAUUACAUUGACGACACGAGAGAAGAUGGACCACUCGAGCAUUUGGAAUUGGGUGUACGCGAUCCAAGUGAACUACCACUGGACGGACUCACGAAAAAUGGGGUGCGGGUGUGGCUUCCCGAACAAAAGCAGUGGUUCGAGGUAUCAGUGAAUGGCAGUCUGUUCUCGAUUGAAUCGCGUGCGAUGGAUGAGAAGGUCCAGUCAUCCAGCUCUAGUUCAAAUGGCAAUGAUCGCCGUCGCCAUCACGAUCGAGCACUGCGAUCCCGCAGUGGUGCUUUUAACCGUCCAACUGGCAGCAUAGAAAAUCUGGCUCCGAUAUUGACUGACGGCGCUAUCAUUGACCUGGGUGGCGUCCAACUGCAAUUCCAGACCAGCUACAAGUCGGUGCUCAAAGCAAAGACAGAGAAUAGCGAACGCUUUGACACGCCCGUUGUCUACGGUCGGGUGACGCUGUCCUCGAUCAGCACGCAGCUUGAGCGGCUUAAUGUCCAGUGUCCCGUUCGACUAGACACGCUGCGUUUUACUGCUGCGGCUCCGGGUGAAGAGAUUCCGCUAAACGAGAUUCCCUAUGUGUUUCCAGCGUGUGGGCACGUGUUCGGGUAUGAUAAGCGGAUAGCCAGUUCGCACACAUGUCCUUUAUGUAGGACGUCAGGAUCACUGGUGCAGCUGCUGCUUAAAGAGAACUCGCAAUUGCAGUCCGCGGAAGAACAGCACGCAAUUCCUGAGUGCGUAUUUAAUCCGUGCGGGCACACGAUUAGCAGCAAACUCGCACAUCACUACUCAGCGCUGUUGAUGCCCAAUGGCCGGGCAAUCUGCCCGUUCUGCGCAAUGCACCUUGAUCUGCGCGUGCCAUUCUCGAGACUCUACCUUUAUUGCGACUCUGAAUGA